AUGAAGAAGGAUUCAUUUAUAGACGGUCAUAAGCUUAAAGAAAACAAUUGGGUGUUAUGGUACCAUAACAAUAUGGAGGAGGGCGAGGAUCGGUGGGAUCCACCGCAGAACUCAGCAGUUUAUUUAGCUGCUGCUAUCACCGCCAGUGCUAGGAUCUAUAUGUAUCCUUUCAUUUCAAGAGAAGACUGCUACUACACGGACACAGACUCCGUUGUUCUAGGCAGUCCUCUUCCUCCUGAGUUAAUCUCAGGCACUAUACUAGGUAAGUUUAAGUUGGAGGAAAGGGUAGAAAAAGGAAUGUUUGUAGCACCGAAAACUUAUUACUUGAAAACAGUGGACGAGCAUAAUGUGAUUAAAUUCAAGGGACCGGCUAAAACCAUGAUCCAUCCAGAAUGGUUUGAGAAGCAGUACGCUGACCCUUCUCUUAAGACACUGGUAGAAGUGAAAUCGAACUUCAAGGUUAAGUUGUCCACACUCGAAGUCACCUCGACUAAGAAUAGUUACAUUCUCCGGUUGUCCCUGGACCCCAAGAGGGUACGAUUAUUUGAAACCGAAAGUGGAGCCUGGGCGGAUACGAUGCCAUUACAUAUAAAUGACUUGUCUGGCCUAGAUCACAUGGGAAAACGAAGAAUUGCGUCACUAAGGAAUAAAAUAAGUGAACUGCAGGUCUAUAAUUCUAUUCUAGAAGAAAAAUUCUUUCAGAAGGGAAGUGAGGUAGAGAACAAAGAAGAUGGGGAUAUUCUAAAGAAUUUAGAGAUAGAGACCUGUCUUACUGAAGACAGAACGAUAUUAGAUCGCGAAGAAAAAAGGGAGGGAACUAACCAUACAUUAGAAGAGAGCACUAAGACAGACGAGAAGAAACCAGAUACCUAA